AUGUCCACACGAAACAAGACAUUAUUGAAGGUCAUCAUCUUAGGCGACUCGGGUGUCGGUAAGACAUCUCUUAUGCAGCAAUUUGUUAAUAACAAGUUCUCGCACCAGUACAAGGCCACUAUCGGAGCCGACUUUUUGACUAAGGACUUGGUCAUCGACAACAAGACAGUAUCGUUGCAAAUUUGGGACACCGCAGGUCAAGAACGAUUCCAGAGCUUAGGAGUUGCGUUCUACAGAGGUGCAGAUUGUUGUGUAUUGUGUUACGACGUUACUAAUGAGAAGUCGUUGAACAACUUGGCACUGUGGAAAGACGAGUUUUUAAUCCAACUGAAUGUGCUGAACCCACAGAACUUCCCAUUCAUUAUAAUAGGGAAUAAGAUUGAUGUGGAUGAAAGCAAGAAGAUCCCGUCCUUGUCGAAGAAGUUGCUCAACAUUACCAACAACCAAUUGGGUGGCCUGCACUAUCCUGUUUUCGAGACUAGUGCUAAGGACUCAAUCAAUGUGGAAACCGCCUUUGAAGUGAUCGCCAAGAUGGCGUUGCAACAGGAAGAGUUGAACGAGGGUGCCAGAAAUGACAUCAAUGACGAUUACAAUGAUGCAAUCAACAUCCACUUGGAUAAUGACGCCGGGGGAUGUGCAUGUUAG